AUGAAACUGGAGCUUUGCCUCAAACCGAAACUGCGCUAUGCUGACCACUGGGCCUCCAUAAUGAUGGGAUUCCUGGGAAGUGUUACAGUAGAGGAGCUGCAAAACAACAGGUACACAUAUUAUUACAUAGGUACUGGUCUGAUCAUGGCCUCGAAACUGAGCGUGAUGCUGCUUUUACUGGCUGUUGCCAUGGCAAUGGUGCAGGCCCAGAGGCGGAGGCCGACGUUAACAACCACUGAUGAAUGGAACUACAGGGAUGGCUCUGAGAGGGUGAACAUGCGCGGUGUGUCCAACCUGACUCAGGUUCUGGACAACUGGAGGUUCGACAUCCUGAACCAGAUGAGAGGAUUCCUACAGAAUGAUCACCAGUCUCUGCUGCCCGACUAUGCCAGGAUCCAGCCGCUGUCUGAGGCUUUAGAUGACCUCUACAAGGAGUUCAAUGCCCUGAAAUCUCACCUGGGUGACCUGACAGAGAAGUUCACCGCCAUAGAAACUUUCAUUGAUGAGGUCAAGGCUGGCCGUGCCAACAACCCCAACGCUCCUCACCAGGUUCCGGCUCCUGCUCCAGCCCCAGCCUCCAUCCCCAGACAGACAAGGAGGGUGGUUAAAAAGAAGAUCCAACCUCCAACUGGCCAAUGAAAUAUUUCUUCUGUUCUGGUGUUGGCUCCUCUUCAGGCUGUUCUUUGUCUCUGCUUGUUGUAUCUGUCAGUGCUUGAACUCAGAAGCUAGCUCUUCUGUAAAUUCAUUAUUAUCAUGUUACAUAACAUUUUGACUUGUAAAGAACCACAUAGUAAUGUUAGCCUUUCAGGGUUGUUUCAGGGAGAGUCAAACACCUCCACUCUCACUUGUUCUCACAGGAAUUAGUAAACUGUACUAACUGGGAAAUCUUGAAAUUCCAAAUCUGUCAUCAACUGGUUUCAUCUGGUGCCAUCUCUUGUUUGGCAUAUGUGGACUAAACGCCUCUUUCAGACUUAAUCCAGUGAGAUCAUGAGCUCA